UUCUGGAAUACAUCAUCAUCGCAUUUUAAACGAUUUUUAAUAUUAUUUUCUUGCUUUUGCUUGUGAUUUUGAUCCACUUAACCGACGUUUAUUAACGAUCGGAGUGCACCAUCCUUUACGUUAUACACCGGAAAGUUUGGUGAUAAAGAUAUGGUGUGAAUCAGGACAGACGGUUUGUUGAAAUACGAUGUUUCUUGUUUGUCGUGCACCUUGUCAUUUACGCAUCGAUUUGAUUGAAAAUACUUGAUGCUAAAGACUCAUCAAAUCCUCUCAAAAUAAGGUGAAUAUUACUGCUUGCCGUCUCGUAUACGACUUAACGACAUCUCCUUUUUUCGGUGUCGAUUUUGGCACUUGCUGUUUAUGAAUUAUUGACGUAAAGGAAUAUGGGGAUUGUUCAGCGUUGAAUCUCCGCCAACACUCAGAACAAUGUGUCUAAAUUCAAGAUCAGCUUUAUUAAAAUAAUUUGAUGUGGUUUGAAUCAAGAUUACAACAUGGAUUCUCCUUGGUUCAUCUUAUUUGCUGGUUUCUCAUUGUACUUGGCUCAAAGGACUUAUUGUCAAGAUAUUAACUGUGGCUCACACUACACUAGCAAGACAGGUUCCUUCUCUUCUCCAGGCCAUCCCAGCCAAUACCGACCUAACUUGUUUUGUGUGUGGACUGUAAGGGUUACUGGGAGUAACCCAGAAAUCACACUUACUUUCAGGUCGCAAGGAACAUUUAUGCAAUCUGGCACACAUAUUGGUCAGGAGUCAGACAAACAGAUGAAUGUGUUCUUUAUUUUGAAUAAAUUUUCAGCCAUUACGACAUCCCAGGCUACCGCUGGUAUCGUUGCUGCAAUAUUUUGUGGCAUCGUGUUUCUUGGUGUUGGUGCAAUGAGGUGCGUCAUGAUGGGUGCUUGUCAACGCUGUCAGAAUGAGACACCUGAAAAUAGAGAAUGUGUUGGAACGCAUGAAACUGUUAGUAACUAUGUUAUGGAUUGUCCUCCGAGCUAUAGGACAGUUAUGGAACACCCAGAACGUUUUCCAACGCCAAACAUAACGCCUCAUAUCUCACCAACAUCAACCCCUCGUGCAUCACAUUACUGUGAGCAAAAUGAAGUGGAUGAUGACGACAGUGAACCACCUCCACCAUACUCCAGGGUUGUUCCACUAGUACAAGAUAUAGAUACAGCAGGAACUAGUGGAAGGAAUGCUCAAGAAAUACAUGUUGAUGUAGAAAGAACAAUUAACCCUGUCAAUAGCAAUAUAGAGACUGUAAUAAUUCACAAUAAUCCAAGAGAGGCUGAAUUAACCGAUACAGAAACUGAAAGGCCAUCUGCUAAUAGACGAAAUAGUUAUAGUAUUGCUUCGUGUGAAAAUCCUGUUUUGUCGCCAAACCCAGAUCUACAAAGUCUUGAAGAACUUGAUUCUGAUAACAACAAUGAUAGAUGUAAUGACAGACAAUCAACAGGGAUGAGAUCUGUCGAUCCAAGGAAUACACGUACAGGUGAUUCAAAUGGUUCAAUAAGUAUUAUGGACGAUAAUAAUGAACCAAUUUGUAACCAUGACAAUGAGCCUAAUGAUAUUGGGUGUCGUAGUACUGUGGCACAGAUUACAGAACCCCCUAUAAAUGGUUACAUAUCGGGUAGAGGAUGUGGUGGUCCUAGACGUGACCAUUCAACACAAACUGACGCUGCAAUUAGCAGACGUGGAUAUAAUGUGUGAUUAUAGCGUUUGUAAUAUUGCAUUAAUAAUGCCUCUCUACCUUUACUUCCCACUUGCUCUAGACAUUACACUCUAUUUUUUAAUCUCUCUUUAUAUAUAUUUUUGGACCGAGUGGGAAACUAGUACAAAACCCCUGAGUAGGGUAGGGUGGGUAGGAUAUUGGACAAACUAAAUCAACCAAAAAUAAACAUUGACCAAGGGAAAUGGAAGGACUGCUCAAAGACUAUAUUUGCUGUUAGGUUGCUAUAGUAACUAAUGGUUUGACAAUGUUUUUUGGUUAUGAAAACUUUAUGCGAAAAUUUUCUGCACAACUUUUGUUUUUCUCUACUAUUAUAAACAUUUUAAAAUGUAUGGUACUAAAUUAAUGAUUUAGAGAAAAGAAAUGUUCAUGCAGAGCUGCCCCGCUGCUGUGGUGACUAGCGAUAACAAAUUUUUGAAACAGCUGAAGAACUGAUGCAUAUGAUGCAACCUGAUUUGUGCUGUGCUGCCAUAGCAACAGUAGCAUGCAGAUUAUGCUGUGUUCGCAUUCCAUGCUUCUGCGAAAGCAUCUGUUUUCACCUCAAAUUGCAAUGCUGUUGUUGCUACAUUUAUUGUGUGUGGUAUCUGUGGCUUAGUGAGAUCUCUCUUAUAGAGAGCAAUGUAACAUUUUCCCCCAAAUCCACAGGAAUCCCCAUGAAUUAAUUAAAUUUAAGUGCUAAAAGUAAAUUAUUUGGGGGACGUUCCCCCUCGUGCCCCCAUC